AUGUCGAACCUAUACACUGUCGAAGUCACCAACAACUCGGGCAGUGCGGGCAAGGUAUACAACCUCUUUUCGGCCAAGUCCGUCAUCCAGGGCGGUGGGAACACUACGGACACUACCAAGUCGAUCGUGUGGUUCCGAUCCAGAAAGCUUACUGCCGGAGGACAAGUCUCCUUCAGAUUUGACAACUCUUUCUACGGAUUCAUGGGCUCCGUCUCAGGCUCCUCCGGCCUCGGCACCGGUUGUAUCAUCGAUACACAAACUUACAAGAAAAUCACUCUCGGAACGCAGACACGGGAUGGGACUAUUCUCGUCCUAGAUGGGGACUCUUCCUUUGAAGAAACCAACCCGGAUGACGAGAACCCGGCUCCGGGGAACGGCCAAUUCUCUAUUGCAACUAGCAGUACACUCCAGCCGUACAACGAUGUCAUCGGGGUGGCCCGUGGGAAGUCCUUGGGGGCAGGUAUCACGCCAGCACCAGUCAACUGCGUCCCUCUGAAGGCCGGCGUGACAUACACCUUCACUAUCAACAGCUCGGUUUAUGUCAAGGCUGCCUCUCUCACUGAAGGAUCCGUCCAGCCUGCUCUUGAUGGGGACAAGGAAGCAAUUCAGGUCAAGUUUCCAGCUGGGAAGAAGAAAGCGUCUGUGGUUGAAGACAGCAACGGCAAGCUCACUGUCACCUACUCUCCUGGGAACGAGUACGGUAACGAGUAA